AGGCGGUGGGAUUUGGCUCUUUUGCUUCUGGUUCUCCCCUGUCUGCUUGUCCCUCCUCCGUCCUUCAUCUUGAAGCGGGAAGCGGCUCUUCCUGUUCCCAGCUUCCAACCCGUCCCAGGCAGGCAGGUCUCAGCGUAGAUGCUGUGAUCACCUCAGAAGAAAUUUCUUUGCCCUUUAUAGCCGCUACGGUUCUGGGGUGUCGGAGCCUCAGGGCUCUUUGUUGUUCUCCAGCCCGCAGCCCUCGAGCUGGGUCCUGGCCGGAGCACCGCUCGGCCGCAGAUCGUGGCUCCUAGCCAUUCUGUCGGCCCUGCUCUCCCUAGCCACCUAUCUUUAUUUAUACUAGGCUGUCCACAUUGCCCUACCCCACGGAAUUUACUGAGCUUGAAAAACCUUUGAGAACUAAAACUAAAAGUAAUACAGAAGAGAACUGCCCUCAGUCCACGCACCAGCCAGCUCCGUUAUGGCAACCCGAAGCCCCAGCAUUGUGAUUAGUGAUGAUGAACCAGGUUAUGACCUAGAUUUAUUUUGUAUACCUAAUCAUUACGCUCAGGAUUUGGAAAAGGUGUUUAUUCCUCAUGGAUUAAUUAUGGACAGGACGGAACGGCUUGCACGAGAUGUGAUGAAGGACAUGGGAAGCCAUCACAUCGUAGCCCUCUGUGUGCUCAAGGGGGGAUAUAAAUUCUUUGCUGACCUGCUGGAUUACAUUAAAGCACUGAACCGAAAUAGUGAUAGAUCCAUUCCUAUGACUGUAGACUUUAUUAGACUGAAAAGCUACUGUAAUGACCAGUCAACAAGGGACAUAAAAGUAAUUGGUGGAGAUGAUCUUUCAACUUUAACUGGAAAGAAUGUCUUGAUUGUUGAAGAUAUAAUUGAAACAGGCAAAACAAUGCAAACCUUGCUUUCCUUGGUCCAGCAGUAUAAUCCAAAGAUGGUCAAGGUUGCAAGUUUGCUGGUGAAAAGGACUCCUCAAAGUAUCGGAUACAGACCAGACUUUGUUGGAUUUGAAAUUCCAGACAAGUUUGUUGUAGGAUAUGCCCUUGACUAUAAUGAAUAUUUCAGGGAUUUGAAUCAUGUUUGUGUCAUUAGUGAAAGUGGAAAAGCAAAAUACAAAGCCCAAGAUGAGAGUUCUGGAAGCAUCUAGAGUCCCAUUUAAAUCAAUAGUAAAAUGGUUAAAUGUUCUAGUUCUGUGGCCAGCUGCUUAGAGGGGCUUCUUGCAUGUAUCUUCUAAGAAUUUUAUCUGUUUGGUAUGUUUGUUAGAAAAGUCAUUUGCUGCAUUCCUAAAGUCUUUAUUUGCACUAUGAGCCUCUAGAGUAUCAGUUCCGUUUGGGUGGAUUGUUUAAUUUACGAAUGAAAAAUCUCUUCAACCACACCACUGUUGGAUGAAAAUAUUGAAAUUGUAUUUGUCGGAAACAUUUAAAGAGAAGAUAUAUUCAUUUUUAAUUGGCAUUUUAAUUUUUAUGUAUUCAGGAAAAAAACAGAAGUAAUUGAAUAUUGUUGAUUAUGCCACUGUGUUUAAAGAAGCAGUCAGUUUUUGUAUCAAUGAUAGCAUUUAAGAGGCAUUGUUUUGUUGGAUAAACCAUGUGUCCUUGAAUUAUUUUAGUGUUUCAGUAGUAUUAACUGUAUUUUUCUGCUUGUUCAGAUUAUUUCUGGUGAAUCUUUGUCAACAGUUUAUUUUAAAUACAAAUCAGUAAAUUCCAAAAUACCUAAAACAAUAAAAGUAAUACGAGAGAACAUCAAAGGUCAGUGAAAGAUAAGUUUAAGAUACAUUACAUUGGGGUGCCUGGGUGGCUCAGUUGCUAAAGGGUCUGCCUUCAGCUCAGGUCAUGAUCUCAGG